GUGUACAUGCCAAUCCACCAAACCUAAUUCUAAUGUUAUCUGAUUAUCUUAGCAUGAAGCAUAUCGCUUGAUCAGUCAUUCAAAGUAAGGGUUCACCGAAGGGUAACAGUUCAGACAAGGACUGUUUUCCUUGUGUUUGCUAAAGAUGUGCUGCAGAUGUGGCACUGGGAAAAUGGCAACAAUAGACUUUGGAUUCCUGAAGCACCAGAUACGUCCCCAUUUCUUGUCAUUGAACUCAAAAAGUCUGCUCAUCUGCUCGAGAUGUGACCAACAGACAAAUUCCUCUCCAGACUUGCACUCGGAAUCAGCGGAGGCAGCAAGGUUGUAAUUUUCAUUCCUUAUUCAACAUCUUCAGAGGCCUCUUUUCAGGGCCUGUCCAUUUUCUGUCUUUUCUUUGCCUUUGCUAAGCUGUGAGGUAUUUUGUUGUCUGGUCACCUGUCCUGUCUCUGAAGUGUGACUUAGUCCUUAAGAAUGCUCGUCUGCAUUCUCUUGCAUUUUCAGAUAAGUCUUGACAGUUUUCAGAAUGCAAAACGAAAACAAAAGAUUUCCAAUAAGUCUAAAGAUCAUUGACUAACUUACUUAAAAAGUACACAGAAAUAAUUUUCUCUAGUUCUUUUUUAAUAUUACGUAUUAUUCUUUUUGUAAAUGAAAACAAUUUUUUAUUUUAUUACACUUUUAUUACAUAAACUAAAAGAUAUACAUUGAACCAAAUGUUGUCAAAAUAUUUUCUGUUCUCUAAAACUGGAUAAAAAUAUACGUGAUUCAUGUUGACACAAAAAAAUAAUGGAGAUACCACAGAAAGCUAUGAUGUGUGCUUCAAUUUUCUUUCUCCUUUUGAGUCCAGCUGUCCACAAGGGGGUGCCUUAUGUUAACUGACUCCUCAAAUGGACAGCCCUCAUAGCCAAGCAAAACACAUAAAAGCAUGACCAAACUGACGGCGACAAAGAGCCGGUGAAGGAGCAUUUAAAAGACAGAUGAAUCAGUGAGACAUGACAGAGGAAGACUCCGUGGUUUAGAUGAUAACAGGCCUUGUGCCCCUCUCUCUGUUCAGUGUGUCGUCUUCUCACCUGUGUUGCUCUUUGAAGCCUGCACAUGACACCUGGGGCAUUUGUAUGGCUGCCAGAGUGGCUCCUCCUUCUUCACACACAUGGUUGUCUAACUAAUUUCAGAUGAAAUAGUAUCUACUCCAGCUGUUUUCCUUGUAUUUAUUUAUUUUUAUUUGACACUUUGUGCAGACUGUGAUAACUCAGGAACAAGGCAAUUGUAAUUAACAGUGGACUAACUCAGUUUUUACUCCAGAUAGAAGCUGCUAUGUUGCUUUUUUGUCUCACUGGGUGCAAAGCAGGAAAAAAUGCAGGACAUUCCAAUAAAAGCUUGAACUUCCUUUCUUUGCUAGUUUUCUCAUUCUCCUGUCAACUAAAAAACAUGUGCAGAGCUGAUUGUUUUUUUUUUCUUUUUGGUGUUUUUCAGAAUAAGAAUAACAGUAGUUAUUUUAUACAUUUAAGUCUUGGUGUUUUUAAGUUAGCUCAUAGUUUUAGAAGUGGUUAACAUAUUGCAAAAAGAAGACACAGCAAAAAUAUUUAUACCUAGCAAAUUUUGCUGGAUGAUAAUUUGUCCCAGUAAUUAUUAUGAUAUGGUUGUUUUGAGACGAUUUUCAAGUGCUAUAUUGAUAAUGGUAUAUAAAUGCGAGUUCGCCCUCUCAAAGACCAAUUAACAUUAUUUUUGUAAAGAACUCUUAACACUAGAAGAGAAAGCUAUUUUAAAUAUCCAAAAUAAAACAUGACAAAAAACCCAAAACAAAACGAUAAAGAAAAUAGAAAUAAAAAGCACACACAAAAUGUCUCUGUAAAGUUGCUCUUCUAAAAAUAUUGAUCAUCAAAAUGGAAAUGAUCAAACUCAUUUUAAUUUAUCAUGCGAUUAAUUGCUUAUUGUGACACGCUUAUUUACGCCCCUUACUUUUUCAGCAUUUUGUAACAUUACAAACAGACUUAAGUAUAUUUUUGUUGAGGUUUUAUGUUAUUGAACAAUUCAAGAUAAAUAAUAGUAAAAUUGUAAAGCUGUAGUAAAAUGAGUAUUUUUAAGUCUAUUUUCCAAAAUAAAAGUCUUAAGAGUGUUGCACAUGCUUUUGUACUAACUCCACCUAACUUUGAUGUCCGUAAUAAAAUGCAGUGCAACUGUGUGAACAAACAGCAUCAUGGAGACCAAAAUACAACGCAGACAGAUCAGCGAUAAACUUAGGUAUAUCCAAGAAUUGGAACACUUAAAACUAGUACUGUAAUUCUAUUAAAGCUCAUGUCCUAAUUUACAGUCAGUCAUAAAAAAAAACAAUAGGCUAUAUACUUGAAUGAUGCAGUUUCCAAAUUUCAGCUAUGACAAGGGAGGCAGAGGUCUGGAAUCAUUGUUAGAGACCCACAGGAUGUCCUGAGGAAGAAGCCAGUGCAGAGCUGUGUGUUAGCAUUCAGAGACGGGGAGGUGCACAACAGGGAGGCUCGUACCGCGCCUCCUCUCUUCUGGUGGCCUCCAGAGUCUCCCUGGAAUGUGGCGCCGUUCUUGCACGGGAUUCCAUGACCUCUUGGAUUUUUAAUCACCCGUCCGUGACUGACAUGGACUGAAUUUGCUCCAAUCAAGAUAAAAUGGAGAAACAAAAGCUUGAGAGCACUCUGGGAAUUGAAAGUUCCCUGCUAUUCCCUGAUAUUCAAAUUGCUGCAUUUUUCUGGUUCCAUUUACAAAAUAACAAUACCGGGUGGAGGAAUGAAGAGGCAUUAACUUCAAGGAAGUGAAUUCAGAAAACAAGCAGGCUAUAUUCAGCGAGAUACACACAUCCAUUGACACUUUGGCAUUCACAUUCGGCAAUGUAGUUUCUGACUUCCUUAUGGGAGAUGUGGACAGCAGCUCAGGGUUGGGGAUCCCCCAGACCAGAAGGAGCAGGUCUUUUGACAACGUCUCUGUGGAUCCAGAGGGCUACGUUCCGGGGAGCAGGGAUCUCGUUGGCCCAGGGGUGUCGCUGUCAAAAGAAGAAGAGGUUGACUUGGCUCUGCAGAAGAAUGAGAGUGGGGUCGAGUCCGCUCUACUCUAUGCAAAGACCUUGUCAAAGUACAUUAAAGACCUCCUGGGGUGUAUGGAGAAACGGCUGGCCAUGGAUAUUGAGUAUGCCAAAAGCUAUGCCAAAAUGGCAGAGUCUGCAACGACGCUCGCCAGUCAGCAGGACUACAUGCCUCUAAGUGACAUCUACGCUUCCACAUUCAAGAACGAGAUUGAAUACAACCAGCUGCUCAUUCAGACUUCAUUGGCUCUCCAAAGCAAUAAAUUUAUACAGCCUCUUCAGGCUCGCAAGAAUGAACUGGACAAGUUGAGGAAGGACAUUAAGGAGCAGUGGCAGAGAGAGCAAAAGAAAAUGCAAGAGGUUGACACAACUUUGCGUAAGGCACGAGCUUUGAACGACCAGAGGAAAGAGGAGUACAGAAAAGCCCAGUCGUCUACAAACCGCUCCCAGGAGGAGCAGUCUAGUACUGGCAACAAACAGCUGGAGAAAAAGAGAAAGCUUGAGGAAGAGGCUAUGCAGAAGGCUGAGGAAGCGCAGUACCAUUUCCAAAGCUGCAGGGCUGACGCAGGCGUCAAACGGAUGGAUCUGGCCAAUACCAAGAGCACAAUCCUCACACAGAUCCGAGAGAUGAUCUUCCAGUGUGACCUCACACUCAAAGCUGUGUCAGUGAACUGGUUUCAGAUGCAGCAGGUGCAGACGGUGUCGCUCCCAACCCACUUCCAGGCCCUGAGUGAAAAUGCCAAGUUGUAUGAACCAGGUGGAUGCUACGCUAACUUUGUCCGGAACCUGCCUAAAAACCUUCCUAAAGAGCAUCUUCAGCCAGACUCCUUCUCUGAAAAUUUCAGGUCUGGGUUUACCAAAAGGUCUCAAGGGAGCACCCAUUCUUCCCAUGGCAACCUGUCACAGGGCUCCAUCACUUCCUGUGACGUUUUGAGCGGAGACGACGUAGACCACUCUCUUCACCGACCUUCAAAAAUCAGUGAGCGAAGAUCCAACAGCAGCACAGACAUCCCAGCACUGAGGAGCCAGGCGCCGCUAAGAGCCUGGACCUCCAGCAGCCAGGGCGGGAUGUGCAGCGACUCAGAGAGUGCUGGGGGCAGCAGCGAAUCCAGAUCCAUGGACUCCCCCACCGCUAGCCCAGGUGAUUUCAAACGACGGCUGCCCAGAACUCCCUCCACUGGGACCAUGUCUUCAGCUGAUGAUCUGGAUGACAGGGAGCCUCUCUCUCCUUUUGACAACGGUCUGGUAGAGAUGGUGACAGAGACUUUAGGUUCUCCUGGUCCUUUCCGAAAUACUCAGAUGUCAAAAGCUGCUCAAACGCAUAAGCUAAGAAAAUUACGAGCCCCAUCCAAGUGCAGAGAGUGUGACAGCCUGGUUGUUUUUCAUGGAGCCGAAUGUGAAGAGUGUUCCUUGACAUGCCAUAAGAAAUGCUUAGAGACACUCCCUAUCCAGUGUGGUCACAAAAAGCUGCAGGGCAGGCUGCAGCUGUUCGGUAUCGACUUCGCCCAAGCAGCGAAGAAUUGUCCGGAUGGAAUCCCCUUUAUAAUCAAAAAGUGUACCACUGAGAUCGAAAGUAGAGCCCUCAACAUCAAGGGCAUUUAUCGUGUGAAUGGGGCCAAAUCCAGAGUGGAGAAGCUCUGUCAGGCGUUUGAAAACGGGAAGGAUUUGGUUGAACUGUCUGAACUCUCACCUCACGACAUCAGCAAUGUCCUCAAACUCUACCUAAGACAGUUGCCAGAACCACUGAUCCAGUAUCGAUUCUAUAACAACCUUAUUGGCUUGGCUAAAGAGUGUCAGAGAGUGAUAGCAGAAGAAGCUGAUAAACCCCCGAGUUCCCAGGCUGGAGAGAAAGGAGCACCAAGCGCCCAGAUGAGCAGAGUCCUUUUGAAGAUCAAAGAUCUGCUGCGUCAGCUGCCCACAACCAACUACAGGACUCUGCGUUACCUUAUCACGCAUCUGAACAGAGUGAGUAAACAGGCCGAUGAGAACAAAAUGAAUGCAAGUAACCUGGGGAUUAUCUUCGGACCCACUCUGGUAAAACCAAGACAGAUCGACGCAGAGGUGUCUCUCUCCUCUCUGGUGGAUUACCCAUGCCAGGCACUGAUGGUAGAGAUGAUGGUGAGACACUUUCACAUGAUCUUCGAUGCAACUACUCCACCUGGUUCCGAAAUCACCACCACCAGUGCACAAGCGUCUCCCAGACUGACCCCACAGGAGAAGGUGCGCCAGCUAAGCAGACACUCUACCUCGCUAACGGACAUCAAGGAGAGUGCAAAAGUAUACAAGAGAUACUCCUCGGUAAUCCCAUCAUCCCACAUCCUGGAUGAGGUGCAUGAGGUCCAGGCUGGAAAAGACCAAUCGGACUCUUCAGCUGCAGAGAAGCUCAAUGGGUUGCACACGUCAAGCGGACGAGAGGUCCAGAGAUCAACCUUGGCGCUUAACCGUCCCAGCUCCUCGCUCUCCUACCACACCAACACCUUGCCAACAAAGGUCCAGCUGCGUAACCAGGUCGUUCGGCACGUUUCUCGACCGAUCAGCAUGCCGCUGGAACGCCUGCUGACACCUGCUCAGAUUGCGGAGAGGAAUAACCGUAACAAAACAGAUGUGGUCGAUGGAAUUUCCGCUCAGAGGGACACAGAAACGAUUCAGGAGAUCCCAGAACCUGAGAGGGCUCGACAGAGUGGCUCAUCCAGAAUAAGCACCUAUUACAUUACACCUUUUAUCGACACACAGACGAUGCAGAGAAGGACUUGGGAUAAGAAGUACAAGCAUUAUGACAUGACAUCCAGAACUGCUAUGAUAGUUGCCAAUCUGCCACCCACCAGCUCUGGGUUGCAGCCGAUGAAGGCCACGCUGCCCAUCACGGUUGGUGCUGCUGCAACUGCGGCCUCUGUGGUUACGACCACUAGCAGCGUGAGCACCAUGUUCUCCAGCAGCCCUAGCAUGCUGCCAGUCAAGUCUGUGUGGAGCUCCAGAAGUGAAAAAGAUGCAGAAUCCCCUGCCAGCGGCUCGCCAAAAGUUUCACUAACACUCAGGGCUCCACGGACUCUACAACCCCCGCCGGGUACCUUCUACAUCCCCCCGGUUUCUAGUAGCAGCAGAUCCAGGACACUUUCCAGCUGGACUACAACCACAGCCACCAGCGCGUUGCUUACUUCUACCAACACAUCCCCAGCAGCCUCCCCUUCCACACCCCCAGUAAAAACACAUCACCAGACUCAGGACUCCACAGACAGCGCCAUUGACCCUGGGGUCUCGACCUCCCCCACUCUAUCUCCCCCCCAGUCUCCCUCUCCAAGCAGCCCCGAUGACCUCAGCCCCACCGGGACCAAACCCAUCUACCAAAGACUCCAACUGCUGCAGGAGAACGAACACAGAGAGGCUCAUUUUGUCUGAAAAAAAAAAGAACAAAAAUUUAUAUUUGUAGAUAUUAAUAUGUCUGUGGUGAAUGGGAGAACAUGUAGGCAAGAAAAACCAUGAAAGUGUUCAAAGUACUAAUAUAUUCCUUUUUACAUGUUAAAGACGGAACCAACAGCAGUUGGUCAAAGGAAGCAAAACAAAUACAUAGACUCUGGUGCCAACAACAAUGUUUACUGUCUGCUAUAUUUUUAAACAGUAUAUUUGCCAAAAAGAAGUUAUUUCCCUGUUCGCUGUAAGUCAGUCAGUUUUCUUGUUCAGUGUUGAUUAAUCUGUUACAUAAUGACACUUUACAUGUCGCACUUCCAGGCUUAAAUGCUGAUGUCCCAUUAGUUUUUAGAUUUAAAUAUGUAAUGUAUUUUACAUUACAGGGAAUAAUUGGAAUAUUUUCAAUGCAAUUGUCUUAAUAUAAUUAAUUGAAAGUAUUCCCGUUUUUAGCUAAAUGUGUCCUGAGUGGCAUGUGAUUGGUACAUCUGCUCUCAGUAUGUAAGCCUUACAGUACAUAUUUGUAAAUGUUUAUAUAUUCAUGCAACAGUUCUUGCUGCAAAUUAAAACAAGAGUUAUUUUAAA